AUGACCGUCGUUCGAUGUGAAAAGAAAUAUGAUCGUAUUUUGACAAUUACUGCUGGAUCUCUCUGUCUAUUUGCAUUUGUUUGCACUUUUAUUGCAUUAUGUACACCUUCAUGGACAAUUAAUGAAUAUUCAUUAGAUAGCGAAGUUCAAUGGCAUGGUCUGUUUUACAAAUGUAAUCGUUUUAAAUGUAUAUUAAAUUAUGAUCAUUAUAUUUUGGCUAUAUUUGUAAUAAUAAUUAGUGCAAUAUUUUUAUUGCUUUCAGCUAUCAAUAUAUUUCUAGCAGGUUUACAUAAUGAUUGUCGACAAUAUUUUUAUCUAACGCCAUUGAGUACAUUUAUUAGUGCAUUGUUACUUUUCAUAGGCGUUGUUCUUUAUACACACCAAUCAAUAAUAAAUGGUAUUAGUGCUCGUUCAAUGAUUCUAUCAAUUAUCGUAACUUGUUUCAAUUUACCCAUCGUGUCAUAUAUUGCUGGAAGAUAUUCGAUUUUUUAUCAGAAAAAUCGAAUAGAUUUUCAUUUUGCAAAAACAGACAAUAGUGAAGCAAUAAAAAGAAUUGAAGAACAACAAACAAUGCAAACACAAGAAAAUUAA